CGGCCGCGGCUGAGAACGAGGCUGAGGCUGGGAGCGAGGCCGAGGCAGAGCCCGAGCUGCGCACGCGCUCGGUUCCCGCAGGUGGUCUGCUGGGCAGGAGGCGAAGGCCGGCCGAGACAUAGAGGAGGGGGCGGCGGCCUGGCCGCGCGCUCCGCCCUCUUGCCCGCGCCUCCCUACCCCGCUGGCCUCCAGCGGUCCCCGCUUCCCUGAGAUGGGCUCCUCGCCAGCUUCCCUCGGGCACUGAGGCCCGGUCCCACCCAUGGAAAGGGUAGCGGGGCGCCCGAGGCUGCGGCCCCCGGGGCUGGCGUUGCUGGCCGUGCUCCUCUGCGGCCGCGCCAGCCGGGGCUUCCUGGAGGAUCCCCCAGCGCGGGGGCACAGGCCGGUCCUCGAGCGGCUCUUGGUCAAUGAGUCCAGCUCGGGCUUGUGCGAGCGGAAAACCCAGCUGGCCACCUCGCUCGGCUCCUGGAGCCUGUCUUCAGAAAGCCUCGUAGGUAUAUUUCCAGUUGAUCCAGUUUAUGAAAAUUAUGUUCGAAAAGUGAGAAACUGUAUUUUUUCUAUUGUCUACCCUACUCCUUUCAAAUCAAGGAUUCAUCUUGUAGCAGUUUCAAAGGAUGUUCUGGAAGAUAUUUUGGACCUUGAUCUUUCUGUUUCAAAAACACAUGAUUUUAUUCAGCUCGUAAGUGGUGAAAAGAUAGUAUCUGGUUCUAUUCCAUUGGCCCAUAGAUAUGGAGGCCAUCAGUUUGGAACCUGGGCAGAUCAGCUUGGGGAUGGAAGAGCCCACCUUAUUGGAAUAUACACAAACAGGUAUGGUGAAAAGUGGGAACUCCAGUUAAAAGGCUCUGGAAAGACCCCAUACUCACGAAAUGGUGAUGGAAGAGCUGUGUUGCGUUCCUCGGUGAGAGAAUUUUUGGCUAGUGAGGCCUUGCACUACCUCGGCAUCCCAACAAGCAGAGCUUUGAGUCUGGUUGUAAGUGAUGAUGAUGUGUGGAGAGAUAAUUUCUACAAUGGAAACAUCCAGAAAGAAAGAGGUGCAGUAGUUCUACGCAUUGCAAAAUCAUGGUUCCGCAUUGGAUCAUUAGAAAUUUUGGCUCAUUAUGGUGAACUGGACUUACUAAGGAAAUUAUUAAACUUUGUCAUACAGGAACAUUUUCCAUCAGUAGAUGUGAAGAAUCCCAACAGAUACUUGGAUUUUUUCUCUCAUGUGGUAUCUGCAACAGCACAUCUUAUUGCUUCAUGGAUGUCUGUAGGUUUCGCUCAUGGUGUUUGCAAUACUGACAACUUCAGUUUAUUAUCUAUUACAAUAGAUUAUGGUCCUUUUGGUUUUAUGGAGGCCUAUGAUCCAAAUUUUGUACCAAAUACAUCUGAUGACGAAAGGAGAUACAAAAUAGGAAACCAGGCCAAUGUUGGGAUGUUUAAUCUGAGCAAGCUGUUACAGGUUUUAAACCCCUUAUUAGAUCCAAGUCAAAAGCAGCUUGCUGCACAGAUCCUUGUGGGAUAUUCUACUCUAUAUUACACAAGAUUUGAAGAACUUUUCAAAGCCAAAUUGGGUCUCCUUGGUGAAAAGGAGGGUGAUGAUUAUUUGGUUGCAUUUCUACUACAUCUCAUGGAAGAGACGAAAGCUGAUUUUACAAUGACAUUUCGGGAGCUCAGUGAGAUAACUCAGUCCCAGCUAAAGGACUUCAACAUUCCUCAGGAAUUUUGGGCACUAAAAACCCUUUCAAGGCAAGAACUCUUUUCUGACUGGGUGACCCUGUACCUUUUGAGACUGAAGAGUAACAUGAAUGACUCAGAUUCCAGAAGACGAAAAAGAAUGACAAGUGUCAAUCCUAGAUAUGUGCUGAAGAAUUGGAUGGCAGAAUCUGCUGUGCAAAAAGCAGAAAUGAAUGAUUUUUCAGAGGUUCAUCUUUUACAGCAAGUUCUUCAGCGUCCAUUCCAAAAGCAGUCAGCAGCAGAGAAAGCAGGAUAUUCUUCACCUACCCCAUUAUGGGCAAAAGAUCUCAAAGUCAGCUGUUCAUCCUGAUGAAAGUUGGUCUUAAUCAGGGUUUUUUCUUUUUUCUUUUGGCUCAGGGCAAUGAGAGUUAAGUGACUUGCUCAGGGUCACACAGCUAGUAAGUGUCAAGUGUCUGAGGCCAUAUUUGAACUCAGGUCCUCCUGAAUCCAGGGUGGGUACUUUAUCCACUGUGCCACCUAGCUGCUCCCAGGAAUAUUUUUUUAACACUGGAAUUUUAAUAUAAUAUCUGAUAAACUGUUCAUGAGCAAUUGCAUAUUGAUGAGUCAGAUGGAGUAUAGAUUAUUACAUAUGAGAAAUAAACAUUUAUUUUGCCAGAAAAGUUUAAUCCUAAACUACUCCUACUGAAAAUUGUUCAGAUCCUUGUGUUGUAACGAAUAAUUUGGAAAGACUGUAGCUUCCUCCCAGUAAAUCACUCAAAUUAUUUUUUUUCUUCUUUUUUUUUGGUGAGGCAAUUGGGGUUAAGUGACUUGCCCAGGGUCACACAGCUAGUAAGUAUCAAGUGUCUGAAGCCAGAUUUGAACUCAGGUCCUCCUGACUUCGGGGCUGGUAUUCUAUCCACUGUGCCACGUAGCUGCCCCAAAUUGUUUUUAAUAAUGAAGAAAUUUUAAGAUAACCUUUCAGUCAGUGAAUUAACAUAUAGUUCUCUAGAAACUUGUGCUAAAUCCUCACAGGGGAAUGCAAAGAAAAGUAAAAAAUGACAAAUGUAGUACUCUCCAUGUAUUAUCUCAUUUGCUGAAACAAAGUAUAAGACAUUCUUGUCCUCCAGACCCUUUAGGACUACUCAUAUGGGACUAUUGAAGGCUUUGUACUCCUGUGAGAAAAUGGGUAGUUGUCUCCUCUCAAUAAGGAUAUAACAGUCAAUCAUACUCCUUGUGACCUGUUUGUAGGACAAAGGUUUCAGAUCCCCUCCUCCCCCUCAGGCUAACAAAAUCACAUGGUUCAAAGAGCCCUGUCAGCUCUUUGACAUAUAAGGAAGAAUAAGGUCCACUCCUGAGUUAUACCCAUAUAAAGAGGGAUGGGAAUACUGCAUUCUGAUUAGCUACUUUUUGCAUGCAGAUUUUAACCCUUGAGUAAUCAGACCAAUGAUGAAAAACGGGGGUGGGGGAGGGGUUCCAUUCUUGUUAGGGACUAGGGUAUAAAACAGGCCAGUGAGCCCCUUUUCUUUGCACCCAUUAGCUGCAUACUAGGGUGCCUCCUCACAAGAAGGAUAUAAAAGAGCCUUUGUCACAUCGCUGCUGAGUUCCUGAGAAUUACUGAGAAGAGGAUUGAUUUUCCCUCAUACUCCUGAGUUGACACUGUUGACUCUUUUCUGCUAAAAAAAAAAGUGCCCAUCUCAUAUUACUACUUGCUUCUACAAAACCCAACGUUAGAUGUCACAUUUGAGGGAACAUUUCAUUUUAUGAUACAAAUAGCUAAUCAGUAGGCCGGAGUUUAUGUAGGAUCACUGUAGACUUGAGUGAUUACUGAAUAAUGGCAGUGGUAGAAUUUGUGUUAUAUAAAGUAUGGCUAAUGUAAUUUUUGUGAAAUGACAUUAAAUG